CGCAUUGUUGAGGCACAGUCCGCAAACAGUCCUAGAGUCCUACGCUCCUAGGAGGUUUCAGCACUCAAAAGAAAGCGACUAGCUCCAAGUGACAGACGUUCGACGUCAUUUCCGCCUGCAAACAGCGAAAGAAAAAAAGCAACCAACGCAACAAGUGUCCGGGGAAGUGUCCGACCGGAAGCGAUCAAAGACAAGCAGUGUUUGUGUGUGUGUGAGCGUUAGUGUGUGUGUGUGCAGUGCAUUGUUAGAGUGAUCUUUGUGAGGAGUCAAUCACAAUGAAGGCUUUCGUUCUGGGAUCUGCCGUGCUGCUGCUGGCUUCGGCCGCGGCUUCCGGCUCGUACCUCGGCGUGGCGCUCUCGUCGCAGUACCAGGCGCACGACGGUAUCGGCGGCUACUCGUACGGCUACGCCGAGCCGAACUCGCAGAAGCACGAAACGAAGGAUGCGCACGGCAUCACGCACGGCGGCUACUCGUACGUCGACGCGAACGGCCACGUCCAGAGCGUGAAGUACACGGCGGACCCGAUCCACGGAUUCCAGGUGUCGGGCACGAACCUGCCGAAGGGCCCGGCGCCGCACGCCGUCCCGGUGCCGGCCUGGAACGCGUACGCCUACGCCCCGGUGGUGCUCGGCCACAACGGUGCCCCGCUCGAGACGCCCGAGGUGCAGGCCGCCAAGGCAGCGCACUUCGCGGCCCAUGCCGCCGCCAAGGCCCGCCUGCACAAGCGCUCGCUGUACGGCCCGUGGACGUACGCGGCCGCCGCCCCGGUCGUCCUCGGCCACAACGGCGUCCCGCUCGAUACGCCCGAGGUGGCGCACGCCAAGGCAGAGCACGCGGCCGCCCACGCUAAGGCCCUCGGACACGCGUACGCCCCGGCCGGUCCCGUCCCAGACACGCCCGAGGUGCAGCACGCCAAGGCCGCCCAUCUGGCCGCGCAUGCCGCCGCCCGCGCCAACCACCAUGCCGUCGCGCCGGUAAGCACCGUCGCCCACACGCACCACGCCGUCCAUGCCGCGCACUACCCGCAGCACGUCCCGGUCAUCAAGAACGGCGUGCCGGUCGAGACGCCGGAGGUGCAGCACGCCAAGGCGGCCCACUUUGCCGCCGUCGCCAAGGCCCAGGGAUACGCGCCGGCCCAUGCCCACUCCUACUACCCGCAGCACAUCCCGGUCAUCCACAACGGCGUGCCGGUCGAGACGCCCGAGGUGCAGCACGCCAAGGCGGCGCACUACGCCGCCCUCGCUGAGGCCAGUGCCCGCGCCGGCCACGGAGCCUCCUGGGCUCCGGCCGGCCACGAGGACGACGGUAGCUACGAUGGCCGAUGGGACAACCACUACUAAACCAACCCACACGCUUCGACCAACUGUCUCACUCUGUCUCUGUUUCUCUCAAACACACACACACGUAUAUAAGCUAACCUACCAAUACUCGAACCAAAUACUCGAAUGCUCCCGAAUCGAAUCCGUUGCGACUGCACGGCUCGCCGUGCUGUGACGUCACUCGAAACGCCUCCCCCUCCCCUCGUCUUCCAGUAUUACUCAACCCCCGUCCCCCCCCGCCUUCCCGCUAAACACUGCAUCGCUGCCGUUUGCUUUUCCAUCGCUUCUGGCCAACCGGAACACCGACGGCUCGCUCCCUCCCCGCGAAGGAUUAGCGCUAAUUUCGGAAGGUCACCUGCCGCAGGCCACCACCAGCCCAAGAUCAGUUCGGCGAUCCAUCCCACCAACCAGCUAGUUACCAUUUUGAGUGCAUCCACCAUCCACACUGCAACCCGAGGGAUUGUCCCACCUUCCAGGGCACGGAGUUUUCCACGCCAUUGCGCCAAGGGAAUAGCCGUACUGCCUGCGGGAAGGUGCAACGAAGAGGAAAUGGAUGGAUCGCCGCCCCAGCUGCCCAUCCCGCACCUGCCACGGCUGCGGCAACAGCAACAGCUGCCUCAACAACAGCGGGCCCCGUUCCGGCUCCUUUUUGCCCAACCAAACCCAAACCGGGGAAGGAAAAAAAGGACUCCUACUCGCGCUCGCGCUGCAAACCCCAAUGUCCGGAACGGCGGGUGAAGCUGCAGCCCGUCGGGUCGUCCGCAUUCCAACGCCAAAUGGGCGGGAUGGGCCGUCGCUGCAGAGCCUGCCCGAAACGUAACACCAAGCACCUUCCAAGCGAAAAUGGGAAGGAGGGUCCGAUGUUAUCGACAUGGCACAAAUGUAAACAAACACGCAACAACAAAAAAGCAAGCAUGCGCCUACGUUCAUGCAUAGUGAACAGGGCACUGGGGUGGGAAGGGCCAGGAGGGGUGAGCCCGUGAGCCGGGUGCAUGUAAAAUAAUGUCUUCACCAGCUCCGGCCCGGCUUACACUCCCCCCCUCUCCUUCCAUCAAGCACCCCAUUUGCCCGCGAUUUCUCCCCCUCCUCCCCCCACUACGUGAAAUGCGUUACGAACUUGACCAAGAAAAAAAAGGCAAAAAAAACAUCAAGCGACGAACCGAUUUGCUAUAAUAAAUGAAAUCAAAUGAA